CAUCCUGUCAGAAAGAGGAACACUGACACCAUGCCUUAUGUGUGCACCACGGCCCAAAGCCUUCAGAUGGAUCUCUUUAAAUGGAUCUUCGGACUUCUGACUGUCCUGGUAAUCUUUACAUGCCUGUAUUUGCCCUGCAGUAGAAAUCAUAAGAUGGGAAGUGCAAUGACUGACAGAUUGAAAUUACUGAAUUGCAUGAAACUUCGUCAAAAGUUUUUCAACAUCAGUCCAGCUGAGAGUAUUGAUAUGACAAAUGUGACUGGGCCUCUCUCAGCAUUCAUGAGCUGUCCACAUGUGUCCAACAGAACCCAAAAGGAGCUAAACAGAUUAAGACUGCGUUUCUGUUGUAAUGCCACAGAUUUAUUAUACCUGACAAAGAAGAACACAGCUGUGAAUCAAAGCAUUCCCUAUGAGACCUCAAAAAGGGUGUACAAAGUGGGAGCUGCACUUCACAAAAUGCUGCCUGAGGACUUUCCAUGGAGUAGCCGUGGUCAUCUGGGCAGAUGUGCAGUGGUGGGCAAUGGGGGGAUUCUGAAGAACAGCAGUUGUGGAAGAAAGAUUGACAGUGCAGACUUCGUCAUCAGGUUGAACUUGGCUCCCAUUAAUGACAGUGAUGUUGGGGUAAAGACUGAUCUAGUGACCAUCAAUCCCAGUCAGCUCUCAGCAAAAAAUAUGGCUGUAAAUCCGGAUCCGCUGGUGCAACGCGUGAGUGUGUAUGGAAAUGCGUCUCUGAUGAUUUCAGCCUUUUCAUACACAGACUGCACUGCAGUGUCAGUUAAAACCCUCCAGGUGCUCCAGCCGAUCAGACCUCAGCAGCCCGUGGUGUUCUUUAGUCCCUACUACCUCAAGACAUUAGACUGUUUCUGGAAGGGGCUUGGCCUGAAAGUAAAACGCCUCUCCACAGGUUUCAUGUUAGUUAAUGUGGCACUAGAGCUCUGUGAUGAUGUGCAUUUAUUUGGAUUCUGGCCAUUUGACAUCAAUCUAAAGAAGCAGACACUUCAGCACCAUUAUUAUGACAACAAACUGCCCAAACCAUUCGUGCACGCAAUGCCAGACGAGUUUGUCUACUUGUUACAGCUUCACAGCCAGGGGGCACUAACACUGCACCUACAGCCCUGCUUAUGACACACACACACACACACACACACACAUUUUGCAUUUGUUUUCUGUUUACUUGCAAAGCGUUCUGGCAAGGUGUCUAAAGCAGGGCUGUCAAACUCAUUUAAGGUUGAGGGCCGGAUCGGAGAAAGUGUCCCCUUGUGCGGGCCAAAUUAGCUUUUUGUUAAACUCUAGUUAAUAUUCAUAUAAUAAAUAUAAUAAAUGUA